CAGUCGGGGUAGUCAGUUCGCAGAUACAUUUUGCACGAAUCGUUGAAGCUAUCGAAAUGCCUCUCGAAUCCAUUUCAAGCCUUCAGGAGACCCUGGCAUCUUUGGAUAAAGAAAUAGAGGAGCAUGAAGAAGUAUUGAUUAACACGGUGUGGUCGAUUGCGGCUGCUAGUGAAAGUGCUUCUGCAAAUAUUACUUCCAAAAUAGAUACAAUGGAAUGGAACGCAUGGUUGAAGGCGCAAGAAUUACGCAAUGGUACGGAUGAGCAAUCUUUUGUUAAACCACACUUGACUACUACUGUACCAGAGCACCUCGUUGCCAUGAGCGACCAGACAAAGAAGAAUACAGAGGAAAUAUUCAAGCUGCAUCAAAAAGCGCGAUCCAACGACAAUGAGAUAGAGUUGGAAAACAUAAUUGGCACAAGACAACAGUUGCGGGAACAGAACCUUAAUAUACAUCAGUAUAGACAAGAGCAAAAGGAGCUGAAUCAAGAUCAAAAAAGAAAGUACAUCAAAGUGAAUGAUAUGCUAAAAGAACACGUUGGCGAACUAGAACUGAACGUUAAUCAAGAGGAAGGGGAGCUACGUCUAAAAAACAGUAAUGAUGUGCACGGCAUGACCGACAUAUUCAAUUCAUUUUAAGCUAACUGCAAUUAUUGAACAAUGUAAUGCUUCCGAAGUGUUGAAAAUGCUAAAAUGAACAAUAAAAAUGGUUGA